GACGUCACCGCGCGCGCGGUCCGAUGUUCCCGCCUCUCAGUCCCGCCACACGUGAUUCCCGAAUUAAAGAUCCAGUAUGGCGGAGUCUGUCAGACAGUGUUUCUGUCGCUUCUGCGCGGUUCGGGGGAAUUCAGGUGACUGCCGGUAAUCAGCUGCUGGCUGGAUUUGUCGAGACGAGGAGAAACCGCUGCUGUGCUGGAACUAAAUCUGAAGUUUUGAAGACGCAUCAGCCGCUCCAAACAUCAUGACUUCCCAGAAUCAUUCAGACUCUCAGAUGGACCAGACUGUGGAGCUUUUGAAGCCGUCGGCGUUUGACCACAUUCCCACAGUGGAGCUGAGUUCUGCUCUGCCCGUGAGGGUUCCUCCUGCCGCCAUCCCCAUGGACCUGCGCAUGGAGCAGACGCAGACGCUGGACUCGACCCGCCGAGAGCAGCAGCUGCAGCAGGAGAUGCUGACGCUCAAACACAAGCAGCAGCUGCAGCGGCAGAUCCUCAUCGUCGAGUUCCAGCGGAAACACGAGCAGCUCUCGCGCCAACAUGAGGCCCAGUUACAGGAGCACAUGAAGCAUCAGCAGGAGCUUCUGGCCCUCAGGCAUCAGCAGGAGCUGCUGGAGCACCAGAGGAAGAUGGAGCAGCACCGGCUGGAGCAGGAGCUGGAGAAACAGCAGCGGGAGCAGAAGCUCCAGCUCCUCAAGAACAAAGAACGUGGCCAGGAGAGUGCGGUGGCCAGUACAGAGGUGAAGAUGCGUCUGCAGGAGUUUGUUCUGAAUAAAAAGAAAGCACUCGCUCAGCGCAGUCUCAACCACUGCAUCUCCAACAACCCACGCUACUGGUGCGGGAAAACUCAGCACAGUUCUUUGGAUCAGAGCUCCCCUCCACAGACCAGCGGUAGUACCUACAACCAUCCUGCACUGGGCGUCUACGACUCCAAAGAUGACUUUCCACUGCGCAAAACAGCGUCUGAACCGAACCUGAAGCUGCGUUCGCGUCUGAAGCAGAAGGUGUCGGAGCGGAGGAGCAGCCCAUUACUGCGCCGCAAAGACAGUCCCAUCAGCACGCUCAAGAAACGCUCUCUGGACAUGGCAGAUUCGGCGUGUAGCAGCGCUCCUGGUUCAGGACCCAGUUCCCCAAACAACAGCUCACAUGGAAACCUGUGUGAGAACGGCAUCAGCGUGACUGAGUCGUCUCACAGGCCGGCUGGUCAGGACGGCUCGGUCAGUCAGCUGUCUCUCUACACGUCUCCUUCACUACCCAACAUCACCCUGGGUCUGCCGGCCACUGCCGCCAACAACGUGACGUCUACCCAGCCUGACAGCGAAUGUUUGUCUGUGACCGGUUUACCCAUAAACACUCCGUUCCUGGUCGCCUCUCACCUGUCGUCAUUUCUUGGCAAUUCGGAUGCUGCAAACUCCCACAAUGCACUGCUGCAGCACAUGGUCCUUCUGGAGCAAUCAGCCCCAUCGAGUUCUUUGGCCGCAGGAGUGGGAGCGGGGUCGCUGCAGAAGCUGCGUCAGCACCGGACGCUGGGCCGCACACAGUCGGCUCCUCUGCCCCAGAGUGGACAGGCGCUGCAGCAGCUUGUGGUUCAACAACAGCACCAGCAGUUCCUGGAGAAACACAAGCAGCACUUCCAGCAGCUCCACAUCAACAAGAUGUUGAGUAAACCCUGUGAUCGGCAGCAUCAGAGCCACCCAGAAGAGACGGAGGAAGAGCUCCGAGAGCAGCAGGAUGCCACACAGACGGAAAUGCUUCCCAUGAGCCUCCCCAUUAAACAGGAACCGCCUGAUCUCACAGAAGAGCAAGGACAGGAAGAACAAGAGCUGCUCUUCAAACAGCAGGCCCUUCUACUGGAGCAGCAGAGGAUCCAUCAGCUCAAAAACUUCCAGGCGUCCAUGGAGGCGGCUGGUGCGUCUGUCAUAUUCCCAGGGCACCGGCCUCUGUCCAGAGCGCAGUCAUCUCCUGCGUCCGCCUCCAUCAUUCCGCAGGAGCAGCCUUCCAAACCCCUUUUUACCACAGGUCUGGUGUAUGACUCUCUCAUGCAGAAGCACCAGUGCAUGUGUGGAAACACCAACACGCAUCCCGAACACGCCGGACGCAUUCAGAGCAUCUGGUCUCGGCUACAGGAGACGGGCCUGCGCAGCCAGUGUGAGUGUAUCCGUGGGAGAAAAGCCACAUUAGAGGAACUGCAGACAGUUCAUUCUGAAGCUCAUGUCAUGUUGUAUGGGACCAACCCACUACGGCAGAAGCUAGACAGUUCUGUCAUCUCCAUGUUCGUCAGGCUGCCGUGUGGUGGUAUUGGGGUGGACAGUGACACAGUCUGGAAUGAAGUUCACUCGUCAAGCGCAGCACGUCUGGCCGUUGGUUCUGUGGUCGAACUCGUCUUCAAAGUGGCAUCAGGAGAGCUGAAGAAUGGUUUCGCUGUGGUCCGGCCGCCAGGACACCACGCAGAGGAGAGCACGCCCAUGGGCUUCUGUUACUUUAACUCUGUUGCCAUAGCAGCUAAACUCCUACAGCAAAGACUCAAUGUCAGCAAAAUUCUGAUUGUUGAUUGGGACGUUCAUCAUGGCAACGGAACACAACAAGCGUUCUACGAUGAUCCCAGAGUUCUGUACAUUUCUCUUCAUCGAUACGACGAUGGUAAUUUCUUCCCAGGCAGCGGCGCUCCUGAAGAGGUGGGCAGUGGGCCGGGAGUAGGUUUCAACGUCAACGUGGCGUUUACUGGAGGUCUGGAUCCACCGAUGGGAGAUGCAGAAUACCUCGCUGCCUUCAGGACGGUAGUUAUGCCGAUCGCUAGCGAGUUUGCUCCAGAUCUGGUGCUGGUGUCAGCAGGGUUUGACGCGGUGGAAGGACACCCUCCUCCAUUGGGAGGAUAUAAACUCACCUCCAGAUGUUUGGGUCACCUGACUAAACAGCUGAUGGGGUUAGCCGGGGGUCGAGUGGUGCUGGCGCUGGAGGGAGGUCAUGACCUCAGGGCCAUAUGUGACGCCUCCGAGGCCUGCGUCUCAGCACUGCUGGGGAUAGAGCUAGAGCCGCUUUCUGCAGACAUCCUGAAACAGAGACCCAAUGAAAACGCUGUGAGCUCCAUAGAGAAAGUCCUAGAAAAUCACAGUCAGUACUGGCGCUCAGUCCAGCGGGUCGAAUCCAGCACGGGUUUGUCUCUGCUGGAAGCUCAGAGGGGCGACUCCGAGGAGAACGAGACGGUGACGGCAAUGGCUUCUUUAUCUGUCGCAGCCAUGGAGAAAAGAACGGAGGAUGAGCCCAUGGAAGAGGAGCCGCCGAUGUAGGGGACGAGCGUUUUCCCAGAGCUCCGAGCUCUUCUGGGUCUCUGCGUCUGUUUGCCUUGGACUCGUCUGAAGGAGAUCCUCGCUGAGCAGAGACAGACGUCAGGGUAAAGGCUAACCGCCGCGUUAGAGCUGUAGCCUGCUAGCACUGUGGCCCCAACACAACGUGCUCGAGCUGAAGUCACUUGAGACGUUUGUUUUUGGAGAUUUCUGUCCGAUUGGCUCGAUGCGCGCACACCUCGCUGCAGACGUCAGCCAGCAGAUCGUUCUGACAGAGGGACGGAUGGAAAGCCAGGUCCAACAAACCCUCCACAGGCUCCAGGAACCCUGUUUGUUUAGUACUUACACCUUGAGCACUGCAGCGUUUGACUCGCCAGCGCCAUGUUACAGACGUUUCUCAGAGAGGGAGUGCCGUGGAGACCGCUUGAACUACAAAUGAUCUCUGAGGAACUUUGCCUUAAUUCAGUAAUGACCCAUAAUUCCAGUGGGUCGACUGUUUAGAGAAGAGAAAAUCUUUUCAGCAUGUUUACUUGGACAGCGUUCGUGCUUUAGUCCUAAACACACAUUGUCUAGCAAUGACUGACUCUCCUUUGGUUUGGUUUUUUGCAGAAACUGUCUGAAGCUCCAGUGAAGCGUAACAGUGGCUCCACAUCACACCGUGUAGCUACACACAGCAGCUGAACGCAGGCCUUGGUUUCAGAGUGGUUUAUUGACUGGCAUGUGCAUUACAGGGAAAAAAACUACACCCGGACUGAACCGGAGAUGAGAAGGUCUGACCAAAGCAUGAGUUUGCAUCUUGUGUUGCCUCUAGCCACGGCGUUUGACAAGGAUUACAAGACCACGGCGGAUGUGAACGGGUUUGCCUUUGGAUGGGGAAAAGAACCGGACAAGAGAUGACCGUUUACCAAAUCAGCUCGUGUUCCUCUUGAGCCAAACUAACCUUGUAAAAAGGAUGUUGCAACUUGCUAAUGUUAGCACCCCUAAGCAUGAGGCGGGAUUGUUACCUACAAGAUCAAUACGAAUAUGCAUGUGAAAUCUUCAUUUUAUUUGCCUUCUCUAACGAACCUUGAGCCUCAUCUCACCACAACAGCUUCACCUCUAAAAAAAAUAUAGUUAGUUUGUCUUACUUGGCAACUCUUGUCAACUGUUAAAAUGCUCAGACUUUUUAGUUGUUACUGAUUAUUUUUGAGGUUUUAGUAAUUAAUUAGUCAUUUCUGUUUUUGUACAGUUUUACUUCAUUCCUUUUCUUUUGACCUGAAAUUUCAGAUAUUUGCAUGUUUCACUUGAUUGCUUAUUAUUAUUAUUAUUAUUAUUAUUAAUAUUAUUAUUAUUAUUAUUAUUAUUAUUAUUAUUAUUAUUUGUGCUAGUUGUUUGAGUUCCAUUAUUUGCGUUACAUUUGGUACCUUGUACUUUAAACAUGAGUGCUUUAUGACGUUCAUGGGUUUUCAACCAUUCAAUCACGAUGACUGAUUGUGUACUUCCAUGUUUUGUUCAUAGUAGAUUUGUGUAUGAAGGAAACCUAAAUAUAUAAAUAUGAAAAUCUGUCAUUCACCUUUGUUCUGUAUGCAUGGAUGUAAUAUUUCUUAGCAGCACACGCUGGUCUCAAAUAUACAACACCUCAGUUUAGGAGUAUAUAACAAUCAGCUCUGUCUGGAACUAACCUGCUAAACACACUUGAUUGAUGGUCAGUGAUUUUCAGUUUUUUUUUUUUUUUUUUUUUUUGUGAAAGUGCUACAGGCUAAUUUUAGAGAGAAACAUUGUCUAUGACAGUAAUUUAAAAAAAACAAUCCAAACCGUUUUGAUUGUUUCCCUCUGCAAAAACAAAAAAACAAAAACAAAUCUUUAGUACGCAUGGUUUGUUUUAGUGUUAUUUUAUUUCACACAUCACUAAAUACUAAAACUCCCACAAAUUUGUCAGUUUUGAUUAAAGUUGUAGCUGGAGAAACAAAAAAGAAAUCAUAGUUCAUCACCUGCAACACUGAGAACACAAACAGAUGUUUACCUUCAUUUAUGAAUUCAGAUUAAAUAAAGCUGGGACAAUGUUCACAAAUUGUGUUGCUUUAGCUGAUUUUUUAUUAAAUUGAUUUGUAAUUUUAUUUUUAUAUAUUUUUCAAUUAUUUUAAUUUUAUUUAUUGUCUAUUGACUAUUUUUGACUGGGCUUAUUUAGAGGACUUUGAUUUACUGACUGAAACUCAUGAGCUCGGGUAUCUUCCUUUUGAAGGAUCCUUAGAUCCUUGCUCUAGUAUAUUGCUCUAAGAGUGUUGAUUUGUCUUGUCAGACGCUGGACUGUCAGCCAGUGUUAGAAACACUCCCCAGACGAUGACAGAAAUCACCUGUUCUUUUCAGAACAUGUAGAAGAGAAAAGUAUGGACUGGCCAUCCAAACUUUUUUAAAGAUGUGUUUUGAUAAAGAUUAUGAAAGUUUGCUUGCAAUAAUCAUGUGAUUUUGUCAUAUUUGAUUAAGAGGGGGGAGUGAAGGAUCCUUAGAUCCUCACGUGCAAGUUGUGUAUUGUGUUUCUAUUUUUUCGGAACAUAAUCAUUUAUUCACAUAAUCAUUUUAAAAUCAUUAGUCAUUCAUAUGAUUUAUUUGAUUAUUUUUAUACUUUGAUUAUUUUUAUUUAUCAUUAUAUUAUGUUUAUUCAUUUAUCAUAUUUCUGUAUAUUAUAUUUCUUAUUUUCCCUAGUUUAUGGAUUUUCAUUGUUGUUCAAUCUCAUGCUUGUGGGGUUUCACGAAAAGUUUUGUCCGUAUAAAUCGAGACGGAUAAGAGGGAAGGUUUAUGGGAUGUUGCUGUGAAGCAGUUUUGGUAUAACAGUACAUGCUGAAUUUGUGCUGGUCAGACGAAGUUUGAACAUUGAGACACGCAACAGAUUGUUCAAUAAACUCUUACUUUUUACCAU